AUGCAACCAUCAUCAUCAUCAAUCAAGCCACUCGAUACAAGAGAAACGCUUGAUUAUGACAAUUUAAACAUCAUCACACAUCCACCGCCACCGCGCCGUCGACAAAGUGGUGUUUCAUUAAUUCCAUUUCGACCGUAUGUGAAAUGUUUAACCAGUAUUCGACAACCAUUUUCGUAUGCCAAUGGCACGGACAAAUGGACGGUUAUGGGAGGAGAUGAAGUGUUUUUUACACAACCCAACGCGAGAUGUAUUGGUUCAUUGCUUGGUGAUUGUCAUAUAUCGGACAUAAUUCGAUGGGAUAUCGAAGGUGAAUCAACUCGUUUACCGAUGAUGUGUAAAUUAUGGAUGAUUGUCGACGGAGCCGUUGUAGAACGAGGAAAACCACAUUUAGUUCAAGAUGCUGCUAUACAAGUGUGUCUGACAGGCCAGAAUCUUCGUAUGGUCCGUUCAUUUCAACAGAAAAAGCAUCAGGAACAAUCUUUAUCGACAACGACCAUCGUCGAUCGAAAGCGGCGUCAUUCAUGGCAUGAUCUGAAUGAAUAUCACAGUGUACCUUACUAUCAAUAUACACGCCCGGUGCGAGCAGAAUUUCAAGAAGGUACUCAAUGUGAUCUCGAUAAUGAAUAUUUCAUAGGUCAACAAGAAGUUCUCAUCGAUAUGGAAGAACAUGUUACGAAAGCAAAUCAAAUACAAAAAUUUCGACGAGACAAUGCGCGAGAAACAAUACAUUAUUCAUCAAUCCCAGAAGAACAUGCUCACAUAUCGAUUACAACACAAACAGAAACUCUGUUCGUAAAUCAAUCAACUGCCAUCGAUUAUCAGUUCGUUCGCAUGUACAAUCUUAACUUAGAAACGAACGAAAUUCUUCUUUCGUCCAUUGUGAAUCCAUACCGGCGCGUUGUGCCAUCGAAGGAAUUCUCCGAUGUUUUGACCUUUCAUCGUCUCGGGAAAGAGUAUAAACAUCGACCGACAUCCACCGGUGAUGAUUUUCCACAUUGGUGGCUACGACUAACUACAGAUCUGAUCCUAGCUGACUUUAUUACGAAUCAAGGCGAGGAGAAGGAGAAAUCUUUGCCACCUCCUUCUCCUCGACAUGAUCAGAGCAUUCAGACCGAUGUAGAAAAGUCUCGGCCAUCAUCGACAACAACUAGUAAUCAUUACGAAUCGAUUGAUGAACUCGGGGAUGAAAGUCAUCGUCAGAGAAUUGAUUCUCGUUUAAGUGAUUUAACUCACAUCGAACAUACUCCGGUGCGAAAUUCUCGACACGUGAAGCAACAUUCAUCAUCAUCCAAACAUUCCGAAGCCGAUUACAAUCUGUUCGUCUCAUCGUUGAAUCAUCAACAACAAUCUUCUACGCCAGACAACCAAAGCAAUCGUACGGAACGACAUUAUUCAUCCAUGAAUACAACGCCCAUUCGAGAACGGCGCAUGGAAAGCGAGUCAACAGUUGUAUUGGGAAAUCUACUUGAACGUUAUGAAAAGACUCUGCGAGAACGUCAGCGUGCUUUUACGAUCAUCAACGAUCAAUUGUUAGAUAUUGAUGAUGUUCUCAAUCAUUAUCGAAGUAAAGUACAAAAUAUAGAACAAUCGAAUGCGACAAUGGAACUCUACCGAGAUAUCUCCUUGCUCUCGGCUCGAUCCAAAGACGAUCGGUCAGUGUCAUCGUUAACAAAUGUGACGAGAGAUAAAUAUCGAACGAUGCCCGACAUAACACCGGAAGAAAUGUUACAAGGCUAUGUUUCAUCGCCUCGAAGACAUUUGACGACUUCCGAACGUCAGCCUCGAUUUGUCGCUCCACCACCCUCGGAAGUGAUUCGACCUGAUUACUGUACCUUAUGUUUCGAAGAUCAUCAUUCCAGUUCAGCAUGGGUUAAAUAUAACGAAAGAAGAGUUGAACAACUACAACGACGAAUUGAUCUCAUGCUGCAAAUUGAUGAUAAUGAAGAAGCUGACAUGUUAUUGACACGAUCAGUCUAUCCAACGACAAUAGCAACAGUUUCGCAACGAAUCGACGACAUUCUUUUACGAAAACCACAAUAUCGUUCACCAUUGCUCUUUCCUCCCGACCGCAUCGUAUCACCUCGUCGAUAUCACUAUCGAUUACCUUAUCGAUCAAAUCAAUCCUUACCGGCUACACCUCACCAAACAAGUCGAACUGGAACACGUUCAACAACACCUAUUUCCAAAUCGGUUCGCAUCUCCACUCGAUCUGUUCCGACCACUCCUCGUGCACAGAAAUUAUCCACCUCAACAUCGGCUUCCUCUACUUCUCGGCCUAUCGUUUCCAUUUUACGUCGUACAAGUGUUCCAACAACAAACGUAACCGAAUCAACACACGUUUGGCGAAGUAAAGUCGAUGGUAAACUACAUACAUUGAAACCAUUCAGUAUCCCGCGGUACUAUCGCCUGUACAAUGAUGCUAGCUUUCGAGAAAUGUACAACUUCUCUCGACUACUUGAUCGAUGUUUAGCUCCCGAGCGAACCAACGAUUACUCGUCACUCUUGACAAGUUAUUUGUUAGAUCAACAACUACUUUCUCCCCUCACAAGUGCAGCAUAA